UUUCCCUCCCUCUCUGGAAACUAUCUGUCUCUCUUCCUCUCUCUCUUAACUGUGUAUAUAAGAAAGUGGUGGGUAGGCUGUUGAGCAGAUAGUAAAAAACUAUGCUAGUGUUCUGUAGAAGUAGAGAGGUGUGCGUAGUGUAUUACCAGUAGAAUGCGAUUGAGGCAGCAGCGUGGGAUGUACAGGAUGAUUGACAUUUGCCUGUGCUGAGUCACGCAGCAGAAUGCCCGGUGUGCCCUGGGGGGCCUUGCAACACCACACUGUGCCCGUAGCCUGUGCCAUCAUCUGUUCCUGGCUGCUGAUCCUGGUCCACUCCACCUUUUGCCAGAAACCUGCUAAACUGCCUCUGGUGGGCCGCAAGCCUUUCCUUGCAGCCUGGAAUGCUCCACUGGACAUGUGUACCUUGAAGUACAAUGUCAACGUCAGUCUUGAUCUUUUCCACAUCAGCGGCAGUCCACGAGCGGUCCACACAGGCCAAAAUGUCACCAUCUUCUAUGCCAACCGCCUGGGCUACUACCCUUUCUACAAUGAACAAGGGGUUUCCAUCAACGGAGGCCUACCUCAGAACACUAGUCUUGAAGAACAUCUUCGCAAAGCCCAAAAAGACAUAGCACACUUCAUUCCUUCGGAAGACUUCCAUGGCUUGGCUGUAAUCGACUGGGAGUACUGGAGACCGCAAUGGAGUCGGAAUUGGCACAAGAAAGACAUUUACCGACAGCAUUCACGCGAGCUGAUCGCACAGGCGUACAUUAAUGUGACCGAAGAGCAGGUGGAAGAGUUGGCGCGUUUGCGAUUCGAAAAGAGUGCCAGGGCGUUCAUGCAGGGCACUUUGCAGCUUGCUACUCAAAUUCGCCCACAUGGCCUCUGGGGUUUCUAUCUGUACCCUGACUGUCACAAUUACAAUGUUCAUGCACACAACUACAGUGGCACAUGCCCCCAACAGGAAACCCUCCGAAAUGAAGAGCUGUUUUGGAUGUGGAACAGCAGCACUGCCCUUUUUCCGGCCCUGGCGAUACGCAAGAGCCACACAGACAGCGUUCGCAACCUGCACUUCUCGAAGAAUCGGGUAAUGGAGGCGCUGAGGCUGGCCUCCCUUACCUCAUUGCCCUAUGAGCUGCCUACAUACGUAUACACACGACUGGGGUAUAGGGAUGAGGCAAUGACAUUUCUGACUCAGAAGGACUUGAUACACACAAUAGGAGAAAUUGCUGCUUUGGGAGCUGCAGGUUUUGUAAUUUGGGGAGAUCUUAACCUCACUUCCUCAAGGCACAACUGUUCCAAGGUGAAGGCAUUUCUAAACCAUAGACUGGGUCAGUACAUCAUUAACGUUACCCGGGCAGCAGAAGUUUGUAGCGAAUUCCUGUGUCAGUCAAAUGGACGCUGCAUCCGCCGAGACCCGGAGGCACCCCACUACCUGCACCUGAGCCGCACCAACUACCGCAUACUGAACAACCGCAACGGCACCUUCACCGUGACAGGCUGGCACUCCCAGCACGAGCUGCAGCUGUUGGCCGAGAGGUUCCACUGUCAUUGUUAUCAGGGUUACCAGGGGGAUCGCUGUGAUAGCAUAGAGCCAACGGAGAAAGAGGAGGACAACAUGAUAAAAGAGGAGGUGGAGGAGGAGAAAAAGGUGGAACAGGAGAGACACGAAGAGGAAAGGGAUACUGCUGUGCCUUUACAAAAUGCCUUUUUACUGACCACUCUGCUUCUCUUGUUGAACUUUAGUUGUAUUUAAAGGGAUAGUUCACCCAAAAAUGAAAAUUAUGUAAUUAUUUACUCACCCUCAUGUCAUUCUUCAAAAAUCUCUACUUUUGUGUUCAACUGAAAAAAUAACAUGGGCGAGUAAAUAAUUGUGCUUUUUUUGUGUGAACUAUUCUUUUAUGAAAAUGUGGCCACAAAGCCACACAAUGGCACAUCAUAGCUCAAUUGGAUUUUGCAUUAGUGAAGAUUGAUUAUUUUUACAACUAAUGUUACUGUUUGGUGAUGUAGACGCAGGCCUUGUUUGCACAAACUGGAGUCUGACUAGAUACAUAUGACUGUUCUGAAUCUUAGUUCUCUACCAUUAUAUGCUCUGUAAUUUGAACUGAAUGCUGGAUUCUUAUGUUAAUUUGUUGAUGGAUUUCAACAGGAAAAGUUUAAUCUAUGCAGUUUUUUUUUUUUUUUUUUUUUUACAAAGCACUGACACCUAGUACUUACCUGCGACUUGAGACCCAAAAUUAUAAAAGCAAGCUUAUCCCUUUAAAUAAUGCUUGCUGUCAGAGCACUUCAAAGUCAGGGAGCAAAUUUACCUAAAACAGGGUACAUGAAGGUGUAGCCUUCUGUGAUACAAACAGCAUGCUUUAUAAUGUAAUCAAUGCAUUUAAAACUGGCCAAAUAUGAUGUCAAAAUAGCUUUUAAAAAAACUAAAAUACAGGUCAUGUGAUCCAUAUUACAUAAUUUUGCACUUAAUUUUGCAUAAUUAUACACUUAAAGGGAUAGUUCACUAAAGAAUUAAAAUAAUCUCAUUAUUUAAUCACUCUCAUGCCAUCCCAGAUGUGUAUGACUCUCUUUCUUUCAUUUGCUGUUAACAAAGAUUUUUAGAAGAAUAUCUCAGCUCUGUAGGUCCAUACAAUACAAGUGAAUGGUGAUCAAA